AUGUGUGAAACUACAAAUAAGACAAUUCAGGAUGUGGAGAACGGGAACCAUCAGGUAUGCAGCAACAWAUCCAGAGGAGUUACUGCAAGUAAAGUUUACUUUCCAAGGUCAUCAGUUGGCGCUGCAGAUGGAAUCAGAAUUCCUCAAUCUUCAAAGUACUUCCUCAAUUGCCCAACCUUGUCCAGCCACGCUGAGUACAGCUGGAGGCACCAUGGCAACACCACAGCAACACCGUGUAUCUCCACAGGGUCAGAGCACCAGUGUCUCCUGCUAAUAGAGAGCAUGGGCCCUGAGCAGCAGGGGACAUACAGCUGUGUGUCUGAGGAGAGGGGCUACCACAGGACCCUGGUGCAAUACCAGUUACAGCUAGACAGUGGGGCCACAGGCCUGGCCUCUCCCCGCUUCGGUUGUCUGGGUCUGGUAYUAACACUGGUCCUGACUUUGCUCUGCUAGAAUCAGCUCUGUGGGUUCUCACCCCAGCCCUAUGACCGAGCGGACUUGACUUGCACAUGUCUGCACUUGCACUUUGGUCUUCCUUACACCCACGCUACCUCAAGAAUAGUUCAUGACAGUCAACAGUCAAGUGACCGAGCCAUUUCCUUUGUUACUUUCACAAUCAACUGGUCAAAAAACAGAACGCUGUAGAAGUUGAAGGAACUGCACUUGUGUUGAGUUAAGGAUUUAUCUGGAGGAAUUGGCCUUUAUGUAUUUUAUAAUCAUGCUCUGUUUUCCAAUAUGGAACUUUGCAGAUGUUUGAAAUAUUUUAUGUGACAAUCUGAAUGUAUAGUAUAUUGCAAAAACACUUACGUUUUUAGAAAUUUUAGAAAUAUAUAAAUUUUUUCUUAACUUUUAAGUUUCAUGCUAACAGUUUGAUAGUUGUAAAUAUAUACAGUACCAGUUAAAAGUUUGGACAUUGCAGGGUUUUUAUUUAUUUUUA